UUAAGAAAAUAUAUAAAAUGCAUCACAGUGUAGCAGCAUCUCUCCUCCUAUGUUUAUUACUCACCAUCGUAGAGUGUAAACUGACUUGUAUAGGAGAUAAUGGACAACCUGUUGAUAUGUUCAUACUAUACAAGCUUCCACGUAUACAUUGGUAUACAGUUCCACCUUUAGUAAAUGAUGGACAUGGCUACGCUUAUCUGGAUUCAAACACCAAAACGUUUAAACUAUCUCAAAGUUCUAUUGCAAGUGAUCACAGUGCUGCUGGAAACACGUUGGAUCAAGUGUAUAGAAAGUACACUGUGGGUAAACAGUAUCGUAAGGAUGGUAACCAAUACCUUGAUGGACCGACAGACCAAGCGCAUGUUUUUUAUAACGAUGAAGACCCUGAAGGGAGAGAACAUUUCAGUUUUGCUCACAGCAAAGGAGCACUAGCAUUUAAUGAAGAAUCUGGUUUUUGGUUGAUUAACAGUGUACCAAAAUAUCCACCUGCUGCUUCUGAAGGUUAUGAUUAUCCUCAUAGUGGUUGUAUGUAUGGACAGAUGUUUAUGUGUGUCACAUUCAAUUCAUCUGCAUUUAAUGACAUUGGAUUGCAACUUCGUUAUAACCAUCCUCAUGUUCAUGAUGCUAAUUUACCAAAAGGUUGGGUUGACCAGUUUCCUAACAUGGAUAAGUUGUUAAAUGAUGAUGUGAUCAGAGAAGCACCUUAUUCGCAUCGUGCUUUCUUAAAAUCUCUCGCUGGAGUUGACUAUCAACAUUUUGCGAAAACAAAUGACUUUCACAAAGAUCUUUACCAUGAGCUGGUUGCACCUGGUUUACAGACGAAUAUAUUGACAGAAACAUGGCAACAUGGUCAUAACAUUGGACCGUCUUGUGAUGGUGAUUAUACAGUAGAAGAUAUUUCUGAUGUCAACGUCACCUUACCUGUCCAGAAAUUUCCUUUUUUAAACACACACGAUCAUUCGAAGUUUGUUGUCGCAAAAUCCUUAUCGCAACCGUAUGUGUGUGUAGGCGAUAUUAACAGACAGCCGUCACAGUUUAAACGAGGUGGAGGAACGCUUUGCACGAAAGAUUUCAAAUUAUGGAGUGUUUUUCACAACUUAGUUGCUAACACAACGAAGUGUACAAACCAUCGUAAUUUGGGAGGAAGCGAUGGUUGUGAUAGUGAAUAUGUUAGUACGUUGCAACCCGAUAAUCAAUUCCUCUUGAUCAAACUUCUCGUCUUUCAUGCCUUGAUUCACUUACCGCAUUUAUUACGUCAUUAUCUUUUCUCACCUUUUAGUCUCAAAAUGCAUUACAACUCGCCAACCAUAAUAUUCACUCUCCUUCUCUGUUUAACACUCACCAUCGUUGAGUGUAAAUUAACAUGCUUAAGUGAUUAUGGAAAGCCCGUUGACAUGUUUAUCCUGUAUAAACUCCCUGAGAUUCACUGGCAAGAAGUUCCAUCUUUAGUAAAAGAAGGCUAUGGUUACACUUACCUUGAUUCAAACAACAAGAAAUUCAGGCUGUCUGACAAUUCCAUCGCAAGUCCAAAGAGUGCAGCCGGAAGAACAUUGAAUCAAGUGUAUCAAAAAUACACAAACGAAAAGAAGUACCAAUUAAAAGAUAGUGUGUACGUCGACGGUCCAACUGAUCAAGCACAUGUGUUUUAUAAUGACGCAGAUCCUCAAGGAACUGAGCACUUCAGUUUUGCUCACAGCAAAGGAGCGCUAGCAUUUAACGAAGAAUCUGGUUUUUGGUUGAUUAACAGUGUACCAAAAUAUCCACCUGCUGCUUCAGAAGGUUAUGAUUAUCCUCAUAGUGGUUGUAUGUAUGGACAGAUGUUUAUGUGUGUCACAUUCAAUUCAUCUGCAUUUAAUGACAUUGGAUUGCAACUUCGUUAUAAUCAUCCUCAUGUACAUGAUGCUAAUUUGCCGAAAGGUUGGGUUGACCAGUUUCCUAACAUGGAUAAGUUGCUUCAAGGUGACGUCAUUCACGCACCACCUGCACAUCGCGCCCUGCUUCGAUCGUUAGCCGGUGUUGAUUACCAGCAUUUCGCCAAGUCGAAACACUUUGGUAAAGAUCUUUACCAUGAGUUUGUUGCACCUGGUUUGCAGACAGACAUUCUCACUGAGACAUGGCAACAUGGUGCAGAACAUAACAUUGGACCUUCUUGUAAUGGAGAUUUCACAGUGGAAGAUGUAUCUGAUAUCAGUAUUGAUGUGCCCGAUCAACACUUCUCAUUCUGGAACAACAACGAUCAUUCUAAGUUUGUUGUAGCGAAAUCAUCAAGCAAACCUUUUGUGUGUGUGGGUGAUAUCAAUCGUCAGACAACUCAGUUCGAACGCGGUGGUGGUACGCUGUGCACCAAAGAUAUUGACCUGUGGAAUGUUUAUAAUGAUUUGGUUGCUAAUAUGACGUCAUGUGAUGAUGGAGUCACUCAUUUGAAUGCUAGAUUGGACGAACUUUAAAGUACUUUUUGUAUAAAAAUUAUUUUUAUGAGAAUCAUCGAAACUCCGUUUCCGAAAAACAUUUUUUUCGAGAAAUUUAAAUAAUCCAAAUAUUUGACUUUCUCGUUGUGUUGUACAUGAUUUAUUUUUUAUUUGACACAAAAUAACCUUUUCCUCAUUUCUUCAACUAUAUUUCACGUGUCAUAGCAUUUCGAACGUUUAAAAUUAAAAUAUUAGUCAAUUUUUACUCAAUACUUAAACUAAAAGGUACGAUUCUUAUAAAAAAAACUGUGUACUUGUAUAAUUUAGUAUUAUUCAUUAUUUACCUAUUUUUAUUUAUAUAUUUAUAACUGCAAUUUUGUAUAAAUAUUUUUGUAUCGCAUUAUUUAGCACUAUUUUUUUUUAAUAGCGGAUUUUCACAAAGCGAAUUGUGAACGGCGAACGGCGAAUUAGCUACGAACAGUUAUUUUAAAUUCUUCCCAAUAAUGACUUUCU